UGCCAUACUUCAUACAGUUUUAUCUCUAAUUUUAUCAACGUAAACGAAAAAAAUACGAGUCUUUAUCAGAGCAAUAAAAAGACGAUCCUUCGUUUAGCAAUGGCGUCGUCUACUACUCCUCGGGCCUUAGAUCAGCUUGUAAGGGACGGACUCAGUAGCUUGGUGUUUGCUUUUGGUUACCAGACUGGAAUAGUUGAUGCCUUCAUUAACGUUCGACAACCUUGUACGGCGGAAGAACUAAGUCAAAAAGCGGGCAAAAAACUAAGAUACAUACAAGAAUGGCUGGGAUGCCUGGUCGCAGCUGGAAUCGUAACCAUUAAUGAGGAGGGAAAAUAUUCUCUACCUUUCGAAACAAAUCAGUUAAAGCUAUGGGGGCACAUUUCAACGGUCAUCCCUAUUCUUAGCCAGAUCUUUCCUCAACUUCAAAAUGCAGUGUCACAUGAGGGACCUGAAGGAUUUUGGUAUUCUGAGCCAUUUUUGAGUUGGAUCAACACGAGUCAUUCACAAGAAGAUCUUGAUCAGUGGAGUAAACAAUUUCUUGCCCCUGUUUUGAAACUAAAACCAGGUUGCAAGUUUACAAUACUGGACUUUGGUUGUGGCUAUGGACGGCAUACGAGAGCAAUGGCAAAACAAUAUCCAGACUCUAAAAUAUACGCAUUUGACAUGGAUCAGGUCUCUAUAUCUUAUGCCAAUAAAGAGCUCUCAAAAGACGGCCCAAAAAACAUCGAGUACUUAUGCAAGAGAGGAGGACAACUUCCAGACGACUGGUCCGAAAAGUUUGAUUUCAUUAUCAUCAACGAUGUUCUACAUGAUUCUUUUGAAGUAGACGCGAUACUAGAAGAGAUAAAAAGAGUCAUUAAACCUGAUGGCUUCGCAGUUGCUUUUGACCCGGCUGUUUCAUCGUACCAUAGAAAUCUUAUCAACGAUAAAGAAGCCCAACUCCAUUUACCUUUUAGUUUUUUUACGUGCCUUCCUACAAGCAGUAUAAAUUCUUCUAAAGAAGGGCUAGGUGUUGGCUGGGGGUAUGAACGCCGAAAACAGAAGAUUAAAGACCAUGGUUUUCGGGUUGUGCAAGUCGGAGAUAAAGAUAUUGAUACCAUACAGGAGGGUAUUGUCUUUCAGAAGUUGUGAAACAAUGUUGUUUUCUUUGUUGUGUGAAAAUGCUUAUACGCAAAAGUUAUAUCUUUGUUCUGUAUCUAUAAAGUGUAUUCGUAUUUUUAACUCUUAAAACUGCGUUUUUGGACGCUGAAUGGUCAACAAAGUAGCCGUCAGCUCUACUUUACAUUUUCAAGUAUAAAUAUUAAAUGAUAAUUUCUUAUUCAGUUAAGAAAGUGUUGAUAUAUUUAAGCGUUAAAAUUUUAUAUGUUUCCCUGUAUAUCUUUACAGAGAUUCAUCCUACGAUAUCAAUAUGGUCCAAAAAUAGCCUCAAAACUCCAGCACUCUUCAGUGCAUUGUUCUGCUUAUUAGUUUACAGUUAUCAAUCAAAUAUGUAUAAUAAAAAGGUUUGCUUCAGUCAUUGCUAUCCUUUACGCUAUUAUUGCUUUUUUUACAUUGAUUUUAGUUUGGUUGUUCAUUUAGAUCACAAUUAUCUUUUUUAUGUCUAAAGUGCUAGUUGACCGAAAUGUUCUGCGUACUUUUUUUUUUUAAUUUUUCAGCAUGUUUAUUAAAUGAUU